UGAAGAUGAUUCCAGAAGAUUCUUCCAUGACAGAAAACAGUUCCUUGCACCCAGAGAAAGGACAACAAAGUAAUGCCACCAGCUCCCAUUUUUCAACACAUCAUGAAGGUUCACUUCAAGUUCCUAUCCCAUGUGCUGUAGUGACUGUUGUCAUCAUCACCAUUUUAUCCAUCGCUCUCAUUGCCUUGAUAGAGGGCCAGUACAAUUGUCCAGGCCAUUCUACUGCCUUGGUGCCAUCAGACAGCCCAGCUUCUCCAUGUUCGGCUGGUUGGAUUGGAUCCCAAAAGAAAUGCUACCAUCUUUCCACAAAAAGAAGCAACUGGACCAUGGCCCAAGGCUAUUGCUCUGAACAUGGUGCUACUCUUGCUCUCCUUGAUUCUGAAAAGGAGAUGAUCUUUCUAAAACAGUAUAUGAGUGGCCUGGAACACUGGAUUGGGAUGAAUAAUGAAACUGGUCAGACAUGGAAGUGGUCCAAUGGCAGAGAAUUGAAUAACCGGUCCAGCGAGAUGGAGUCUGGAAAUUGCCCAUUUUUUAAUACCACUGAUGUCAGCAGCACAGCUUGUCAAAGGCGUUUACACUGGAUAUGUAGCAAACCUUCCCAUCAAUGAAGAAACACAUCGCUUAUCGACUUCCAUGGAUGCUGCUCUAUGGGCUAAGGUUUUCCCAACAGAUUCUAUGGAGACAUUUUUUUCCCUGAAUUAUUCUGAAAAUCUUCUUCGAAGAAAGACUGUGGAGAAAAUUGAGAAGCAUUCCGGACAAACCUGAAUUGUGGAAUCCUCUUUCAUGCUCUGGAAACCAAAUAGGGUGACUGACAACUAUGCCAAAGAACGAGAACAAGGAAUCUUUUCAGAUGCACUUUAUUAUUUUUUAAAUUCAGAAAUGUAUGUUUUAAACUAGGUUUAAUUUUAUUAUUUAUUGUUGAGUGACUACCAACAGUGAGUGCCGGCCUUGCUUUUGCACUAUAGGAAGGAGGAAGAUGGUGGCGGUAGUGUUUGACCUGAGGGGCCGCUAACUACAAGGCCCACAGUUUGAAACCACCAGCUGCUCCACAAGAGAAACAAUUGGCUUUCCACUCCCAUAAAGAAAUAUUGUCUCAUAAAUCCAAUGGGGUAUUUGCGCCCAGGCCGAUGGUCUUGCAAUACGUUGAUAUCAACUAAAAGGCAGUGAGUUUGGUUCAAGAGUUGAAGUAAAAACAAAACAAAUCACCUGGAUAUAAGCAGAAGGAAUAUUACUUGAUAACAUAGAUAUCGGUUAGAAUGUAUUUCUCAUCAAGAGAACAUUUUAAAGUGGGUAAAUGCCUAUUAAAUUCAACUUUGAAAUAUUUCUCUCUUUGUAGAGAAGUUUGCUAAGUUACUUUGCAACGUUAGUUCUCCAAAGGAGUAAUCAUGUAUUCAUGUUUAUGUUGGUUUGGGAUGUUUUUUUCACUUCCUCAUUGCAGACAGGUCCUUUUCAACGGAAAUUUUCCUUUUUUCUGUAUUCUUCUUUUUUCUACCCUUUAAAACUUUAAAUACAGCAUUUUCCCAAGAAAAGACAAAUGAAUAUGAUGACUAUUUUUAAGCAAGAUUAAAAAGUGUUGGGAAAUGUACAAUAUAUGAUAUGGCAAAUCCCUAUUAGGAAAAAUUCUGUAUUAUUCAAACCGGUAAAAAUAUCAGUCAUAUCUGGUAAUAAACCUGUGACUUCCCCAAUCAAUUCUAUCAUGUGCAAUACUUCAUAUGAAAUGAUUUCUAUGUGCAAUAAAUGUGUUUAUUUGUACUUUUCUAAAGUAAAAUUAUA